AUGACGACGGCGCAUCGACCAACAUGGAAUGCGGCGAUUGCCAGCAACAGCAACCCCGGUGGCAACAUGAUGGUUGCUCAAACAACCAAAAUCAACAACAGAGAUGCCGCCACGUUCAAGAAGAUGAAGUUUCGGCAGGCUGGCCAGGGUCUUCUCGAAGAUCGCGGGUCCAGGGCAGAUCUCACCGAGGACUUGGAGCGAAGGGAGAAGGCGGCCAAGGAUGAGCGAGAAGGUAGAACCAAGGAGAAAAAGAGACCAUCCUUAGAAGACAAUCCAUUCCCUGAGGAUGCCGACGAGGAGCUCCCCAGUGAGGAUGAGAAGGAGGAGGAAGCGGAGGACGAGGAUGAUGAUGACGACGACGACGAUGCGGAGGAACUCAUGAGAGAACUGGCCAAGAUCAAGAAAGAAAGAGAAGAAGAGGAGGAGGCCAAGAAGGCGCUGCAAGCGAAGCAAGACAAGCGGGCGCAGAGGGAUGAGGUCAUGAAGGGCAAUCCCCUGCUAGCAGAGGGUACCGACGUGUCACUGAAGAGGCGGUGGGAUGACGACACCGUGUUCAAAAACCAGGCACGCACUGCGCCAAAAGUCAAGCAGCGUUACAUCAACGAUGCUGUCCGCAGCGACUUCCACAAGAAGUUCUUGAGCAAGUAUGUCUGGGUGGAUGGUGUGGCACACUGA